GGCCCUUUGCACACCAUGGCCCCGGGGCAGACAGGGGCCGGCGUCGCCGUGCGCGCCCGCCUGGCGCUGGCCUUGGCGUUGGCGAGCGUCCUGAGCGGGCCCCCGGCUGCAGCCUGCCCCACCAAGUGUACCUGCUCAGCCUCCAGCGUGGACUGCCACGGGCUGGGCCUCCGAUCGGUUCCCCGGGGUGUCCCCCGCAACGCCGAGCGCCUUGACCUGGACAGAAAUAACAUCACCAGGAUCACCAAGAUGGACUUCGCCGGGCUCAAGAACCUCCGAGUCCUGCAUCUGGAAGACAACCAGGUCAGUGUCAUCGAGAGAGGCGCCUUCCAGGAUCUGAAGCAGCUGGAGCGAUUGCGCCUGAACAAGAAUAAGCUCCAGGUCCUUCCAGAAUUGCUUUUCCAGAGCACGCCAAAGCUCACCAGACUAGAUCUGAGCGAGAACCAGAUCCAGGGUAUCCCGAGGAAGGCGUUCCGAGGCAUUGCUGACGUGAAGAACUUGCAACUGGACAACAACCACAUUAGCUGCAUUGAAGAUGGAGCCUUCCGAGCGCUGCGUGAUCUGGAGAUCCUCACCCUCAACAACAACAACAUUAGCCGCAUCCUGGUCACCAGCUUCAACCACAUGCCGAAGAUUCGGACUCUGCGUCUCCACUCCAACCACCUGUACUGCGAUUGCCACCUGGCCUGGCUCUCGGAUUGGCUGCGGCAGCGACGGACAGUGGGCCAGUUCACCCUGUGCAUGGCGCCUGUGCACCUGAGGGGUUUCAACGUGGCGGACGUGCAGAAGAAGGAGUACGUGUGCCCAGGUCCGCACUCAGAUGCUCCGUCUUGCAAUGCCAACUCCCUCUCCUGCCCUUCUUCCUGCACUUGCAGCAAUAAUAUCGUGGACUGCCGAGGAAAGGGCUUGACUGAGAUCCCUGCCAACUUGCCAGAGGGCAUUGUGGAAAUACGUCUAGAACAGAACUCCAUCAAAUCCAUCCCUGCAGGAGCCUUCACCCAGUACAAGAAACUGAAGCGAAUAGACAUCAGCAAGAAUCAGAUAUCGGACAUAGCUCCAGAUUCCUUCCAGGGCCUGAAAUCACUCACGUCGCUCGUGCUCUACGGGAACAAGAUCACUGAGAUACCCAAAGGACUGUUUGAUGGGCUAGUGUCCCUGCAGUUGCUCCUCCUCAACGCCAACAAGAUCAACUGCCUACGGGUGAAUACCUUUCAGGACCUGCAGAAUCUCAGCCUGCUCUCCCUGUAUGACAACAAGCUCCAGACCAUUAGCAAGGGGCUCUUCGCCCCUCUGCAGUCCAUCCAGACCCUCCACUUAGCUCAAAACCCGUUUGUGUGCGACUGCCACUUGAAGUGGCUGGCUGACUACCUCCAGGAUAACCCCAUCGAGACCAGCGGGGCCCGCUGCAGCAGCCCGCGCCGGCUGGCCAACAAGCGAAUCAGCCAGAUCAAGAGCAAGAAGUUCCGCUGCUCAGGCUCUGAGGAUUACCGCAGCAGGUUCAGCAGCGAGUGUUUCAUGGAUCUGGUCUGCCCUGAGAAAUGCCGCUGUGAGGGAACCAUUGUGGACUGCUCCAACCAGAAGCUGACCCGCAUCCCAAGCCACCUCCCUGAAUACGCCACUGACCUGAGACUGAACGACAAUGACAUCUCUGUCCUGGAGGCCACUGGCAUCUUCAAGAAGUUGCCCAACCUGCGGAAAAUAAACCUCAGCAACAACAAGAUCAAGGAAGUGAAAGAGGGCACCUUCGAUGGUGCCUCGGGCGUGCAGGAGCUGAUGCUGACGGGGAACCAGCUGGAGACCAUGCAUGGACGCAUGUUCCGAGGCCUCAGCGGCCUCAAGACCCUGAUGCUAAGGAGUAACUUGAUCAGCUGCGUGAGCAACGACACCUUCGCUGGCCUGAGCUCCGUGCGGCUCCUGUCCCUGUAUGACAACCGGAUAAGCACCAUCACCCCCGGAGCCUUCACCACGCUCGUCUCCCUGUCCACCAUAAACCUCCUGUCCAACCCCUUCAAUUGCAACUGCCACCUAGCCUGGCUCGGCAGGUGGCUGAGGAAGAGGCGCGUGGUCAGCGGAAACCCAAGGUGCCAGAAGCCGUUCUUCCUCAAGGAGAUCCCCAUCCAGGACGUGGCUGUCCAGGACUUCACCUGCGAUGGCAACGAGGAGAGCAGCUGCCAGCUGAGCCCACGCUGUCCCGAGCAGUGCAGCUGCGUGGAGACGGUGGUGAGGUGCAGCAACAAGGGGCUCCGCGCACUCCCCAAAGGCAUGCCGAAGGACGUCACGGAGCUGUACCUGGAAGGAAACCACUUAACUGCAGUGCCCAGAGAGCUGUCCACCCUCCGACACCUGACACUGAUCGACCUGAGCAACAACAGCAUCGGCAUGCUGACCAAUUACACCUUCAGCAACAUGUCCCACCUCUCUACGCUGAUCCUGAGCUACAACCGGCUGAGAUGCAUUCCUGUCCACGCCUUCAACGGGCUGCGGUCCCUCCGAGUUCUAACCCUGCAUGGCAACGACAUCUCCAGUGUUCCUGAAGGCUCCUUCAACGACCUGACAUCCCUUUCCCACCUGGCCCUGGGAACCAACCCACUCCACUGUGACUGCAGUCUUCGUUGGUUAUCAGAGUGGGUGAAGGCCGGGUACAAGGAGCCUGGCAUUGCCCGAUGCAGUAGCCCUGAGCCCAUGGCUGACAGGCUCCUGCUCACCACCCCUACUCACCGGUUCCAGUGCAAAGGGCCAGUGGACAUCAACAUCGCGGCCAAGUGCAAUGCCUGCCUGUCCAGUCCAUGCAAGAACAAUGGCACGUGCACUCCGGACCCUGUGGAGCAGUACCACUGCACUUGCCCCUACAGCUACAAGGGCAAAGACUGUACUGUGCCCAUCAACAUCUGCAUCCAGAACCCCUGCCAGCACGGAGGCACCUGCCACCUCAGCGAGAGCCACAAGGAUGGGUUUAGCUGCUCCUGUCCCCUGGGCUUUGAGGGACAACGGUGUGAGAUUAAUCCAGAUGACUGCGAGGAUAAUGACUGUGAAAACAAUGCCACCUGUGUGGAUGGGAUCAACAACUACGCGUGUGUGUGCCCACCUAACUACACUGGAGAGCUGUGUGAUGAGGUGAUUGACCACUGUGUGCCUGAGAUGAACCUCUGUCAGCAUGAGGCCAAGUGCAUCUCCCUGGAUAAAGGAUUCAGGUGUGAGUGUGUCCCGGGCUACAGUGGGAAGCUCUGCGAGACAGACAACGAUGACUGUGCAACUCACAAGUGCCGCCACGGAGCCCGAUGUGUGGAUGCAGUCAAUGGCUACACGUGCAUCUGCCCCCAGGGCUUCAGCGGGCUCUUCUGUGAGCAUCCUCCACCCAUGGUCCUGCUGCAGACCAGCCCCUGUGACCAGUAUGAGUGCCAGAACGGGGCGCAGUGCAUCGUGGUGCAGCAGGAGCCCACCUGCCGCUGUCCCCCAGGCUUCGCUGGGCCCAGGUGUGAGAAGCUCAUCACUGUGAACUUCGUGGGCAAGGACUCCUAUGUGGAACUGGCCUCGGCCAAGGUCCGGCCCCAGGCCAACAUCUCCCUGCAGGUGGCCACUGACAAGGACAACGGCAUCCUUCUCUACAAAGGAGACAAUGACCCUCUGGCACUGGAACUGUACCAGGGCCAUGUGAGGCUGGUGUAUGACAGCCUGAGCUCCCCUCCAACCACGGUUUACAGUGUGGAGACGGUGAAUGACGGGCAGUUUCACAGUGUGGAGCUGGUGAUGCUGAACCAGACCUUGAACUUGGUGGUAGACAAAGGAGCCCCCAAGAGCCUAGGGAAGCUCCAGAAGCAGCCGGCAGUGGGCAUGAACAGCCCCCUCUACCUUGGAGGCAUACCUACCUCCACGGGGCUCUCAGCCUUGCGCCAGGGGGCAGACCGACCACUGGGCGGCUUCCAUGGUUGCAUCCACGAGGUGCGCAUCAACAACGAGCUGCAGGACUUCAAGGCCCUCCCGCCGCAGUCCCUGGGGGUCUCCCCGGGCUGCAAAUCCUGCACAGUGUGCAAGCACGGCCUAUGCCGCUCAGUGGAGAAGGACAGCGUGGUGUGUGAGUGCCACCCAGGCUGGACAGGCCCACUAUGCGACCAAGAAUCUCGGGACCCCUGCCUUGACCACAGCUGCAGCCAUGGAAAAUGUGUGGCAACAGGAAGCUCGUAUAUGUGCAAGUGUGCCGAGGGCUACGGAGGGGCUUUGUGUGACCACAAGAAUGACUCUGCCAAUGCCUGCUCAGCCUUUAAGUGCCACCACGGACAGUGCCACAUCUCGGACCAAGGGGAACCCUACUGCCUGUGCCAGCCUGGCUUCAGCGGGGAGCGCUGUGAGCAAGAGAAUCCGUGUCUUGGGGAGAUAGUCCGCGAGGCCAUCCGCCGCCAGAAAGGUUAUGCAUCAUGUGCCACGGCCUCCAAGGUGCCCAUAAUGGAAUGUCACGGGGGCUGUGGGCCCCAGUGCUGCCAGCCCAUCCGCAGCAAGCGGCGGAAAUACGUCUUCCAGUGCACCGACGGCUCAUCGUUCGUGGAAGAGGUGGAGAGACACUUGGAGUGUGGCUGUCGCGCGUGCUCCUAAGCCACUCUGCCAGCCGCCCGCCCACAGCCUCCCAGACCCCAGCUUGGUGGAGAUAAGACAGGCACGUGAGACCUUUUGGGGAUUCAGAAUGAAGGAGAAGAAGCUGGAGAGGAGAAGGAGGCAAGAGAAGAAGAGAGUAUUAAGUAUAUUGUAAAAUAAACAAAAAAUAGAACUUAUUUUUAUUAUGGAAAGUGACUAUUUUCAUCUUUUAUUAUAUAAAUAUAUCACAUUGUCUAUGUACCAUAUAGUGCGUUAUUUUUACCGAGUUUUGUUUUGUGUUGUGUAUUUGUUGUGUUUUUAUAAACAGCUGUUUAAAAUUUUAAGACAAAAAGACUAAUAAAAAUGUUUUAAACAAGAGGGUAAGAUUAGAGACACGAUAGCCUGAGGAAGGAGGAGGAAGUUUUAUGUUUAUGAAGCACUCGUAAGUCAGCCGAAGCUGAGACCUGCUUCCUGAGCUCAGGAAAAGGAGGGAGAGAAAAGGAAAGGUGUCCUUUGUCCCAUCUUGGUUCCCCUCCUUUCCCCCUCUUCCCAAGCGCACAGCUUCCAUGGUUCCCAGUUCUUCUCCUCCUUCUCCUUACUGUCCUUCAGAGAGCUGACUCUGAACUUGACUAAACAGCCUGGGCCUGUUCUGCCAACUUUGAAAACAGCCCAUCUUCCUGCAACCCUCCCCAGGAGGAAAGGGUCCACACAGUCCCCUCAGACCCUAGGCACUGGCCCUUGCUUGGAAGUCCCCACCCACCCUCCUCCCUCAAGCCACUUUCACACUAGAGUCCAUACUAGCAGCCCAGGCAGCAGGGCUGGGCAUCAGUAAAGCCAGGAACCACACCCAACAGGCAGACCUCUGCCACUGGGUCUUCUGGGCCACCACCACAGUGGCAAAGACCCACUAACCAGCUGCAAUACUGUCCCAUGCAAAGUCCGUCCCUGCCACUCUGAGGAAGGUGGUGCAGUGAGCCCCGUUUCAUGACUGAGGACACUCGGUCCCCUGUCAGGAUGUGUGGCAUGUCUUAUGCCACCAUCAGACAAGCGGAGGGGCCAGAGCUGGAGGGCACGGGAAGCGCCGGGGACUUGGGCAGGUACGGGACAUCUGGCAGCAAAGGCGGGCACAUGUUUGCCUCGCUUGGUUCUUCCCCACUCCUGUCCUGGUUCGUUCACUCUUGAGUCUACUCCCUCACAUCCAGAAAAAUUCUAGCGUCUGCUUUCCAGCCCUUUCCCACCUCUGUCCUCCACCCUCAGUGGCCCCUCCACAUCCCCCCAUCUGGGAUCUCAGCUAGCUGUUUAUCCACCCAUCCUCCUUCCCGGGAGCCCUACCACUAGAGUCUCAAGGAUAUGUAGAAGUAUGGAACCUUUCUGGGGACCCAGUUGCUCUCUGAGGACCAAUGGUGAGCUAAAGACUUAAGGAAUAAAGAAAGAGAGAAGAAAAGGAGGGGUAAAGAAACACAAGAUAGGGAGAAAGGAGUGUAAUAGAGAAAGUCACUUUAAAAUAGGCCUGUGAAUAUACAGUGUUCCAGGGACAGUGCCUUCCAACGGGUGUGUUGCAAGUGUUUGUAGUUAGAUUUGUGUAGUGCUCACUACAGCCUACAUCAGGUGUCAUCCUAAGUGCCAUCAAUAUAUUUAUAUAUUUAUAUGCAUUGAUUCAUUUAAUUCUCAAGACAACUCUAUAGUAAAAAUAUUACCAACCCACUUUAUGGUUGAGGCAAACUGAGACAUAGAGAAGUGAAGGAACUUGCCCCAAAGUAGAUGACUAGUAAGUUAUAAGAGCAGGAUUUUAACCCAGGCUGUCAGACUCUAACUUGUUCACUUAACCACUCUACCAAACCACUUCUUAGGAGAAAGAAACACACCCCAUCUUUAAGGAUCCAACAGACUGGGAUAGAGUAAUAUAAUGGAAAAUUUCUUAACUAUACAAAAGUUCCAUAAUGGCAGUAUAAAAAAGAGAGGGGCUAGAGAGAUGGCUUAGCAGUUAAGACACUUGCCUGCGAAGCCUAAGGACCCAGUUUUCAUUCCUCAGUAUCCAUGUAAGCCAGAUGCACAAGGUGGCACAUGCAUCUGGUAUUUGUUUGCAGUGGCUGGAGGCCCUGGGGCCUGCCUCUUUAUCUCUCUGUCCCUCCCACCCUCUUUCUGUAGUAAAAGAGAGGAGGGGAGGUCAUUUCCAAAUCCCAGGUUUGCCAGGGUCAAAGAAAGGAAUCAAGUGCUAUAGAAAACAGCUUGCUAAAAAGGAGUGAAAUGUGAGAAAGACUAGUUUGUUUGAGAAGCAUCCAGAGGCCCAUGGGUGGCAGCAAUGUGGGAUGUACCCUUGGACCCAGAGAGAAAUGGAGGCAUAUGAAGACUUAGUCCCCACAUAAGAGGCAGGCCAGGGCACAGAGAGCCAGAGGCUUGAUGGUCUGAGUUUAGGUUAAAACAGAGUAGAGUGGAAACAAGCCUUGGUGGAAAAGUGGGCCUUAUUACUCAAAAUAGUGGUUCACCCUGUAGCUAGAAUAGACUGAUUUCAAGGUGAAUCCCAUGGUAGCUCCAAAGCUCAGUCCUGGAAGAUGUGUCCUGAGAUGUACUCAACAACAUCCCUCCCACCACUUCUCCUGCCCCAUGAGUCUCCCAUUCCCACAGAUUCACCGGGUCUUUAUUUCAUCAUUUCUCCCCAUCCAUGCAAAGCCCAUGCAGUCUGCCACUUGAAGAGCUCUGCAAGGGUCAUUGAUGUUCUGGGAGGAGUCACCAGGAUGCAGGCUUCCAUUCUGUGGCCCAAAGAAUGUCAAGACCCCCUCUUUCCAGUCGCCCCCUGCCCCUGUCCCUGAAUCUAGCCACAGUUAGCCAAGGCAGCAGAAGGGUCAAAUUCUGCUUCUCAUCAUAGCUUUGCAGCCUUUUCAAUUUUGGAAGCCUCAACUCUAAGAAAUUCUGAACACAGGGAUGCUUGAGGUAAGCAUUCCAAAAAUGAAAAUUCUUUAAAAGUGAAAUUAAAGCUCACUCUCUCCUUGAGCAGCCAAAUUCUAGGAACUGAAAAUCCAUGGAGACAGCCCGGUACUCUGAGAAGUGUGGUAUAAUGUUUGUGUGGGGACAGGCAUGUACAGAAGGGCCCAUCUCAUCUACUAACCUCGUGAGCAGAGUUAGAAAAUGGAAAGAGGGUGCCUUUUGUACUCUCCAAAAACAUCCUGAAAUGGUUGAUGAAAUGCUGUACCUAGAAGCUCUGUAAAGUGUAAACUAAAAUUCUGAAAUGUAAGAUGUUGUUGUUAUCACUAUUGUUAUUGCUAUUGUUGACAUGUCAAAGGGCCCUUUUGAGAAGAACAUUUUGCCUUUUGAAUCUCACUUCAAGGAGUCUGAUGCUUCAUAAUGAAGAGAGGAGGAUGAGAGGGGGAAAGUAAGAAAGAUUCCCUCCCCAGGUAAACUUCAGGGAUGCAGGAAUGGCCAUACUGGGAUCAAGCCAACCUUGCCUUUCCCCCAAAGACCAAAAAAAAUUUUUUUUAAAUCCUCAAAUAGCACCUUAUGAGUUAGCAGAUAGCCAUUGCCUGUGCUGGGAGCAGAAACCCUUAGCAGAAGGUGGCCUGCUCUUCAAAAUGCACAGGAUUUCAGACAACAGAGCUGGAAGAACUCUUGGGGUCUUUGCAGAUAGGAAACAAGGUUAGAGAAAUGCAGUGGUGACUGCACAACAGACCAAAGUCAUGCAGCAGUCACCACAGGCAGAGAGAGGCCCGGAAUUGCAUGCAGGAAGUCCUCCUUGCAGAUUGAAGCCUGGGAUGGACCACACAACACAGAAGCACAUCCUCCCCCUUCCCCACAAGCAUCUCACAGUGCACUCACAGCAUCAUGGUCAGCUUUGGUGAUCUGUUCACCCACGUUUUCAACUGAGAAGCUAAGCAGUGCCAGAGAAAAAUAAUGACACCAAGCUGGUCAGAGAUGCCAUCCUGCAAGACUAAUAAAGGCAGAAUUGGGCAUUUGGCAAAGCUUAUUUCUCUAACUCAAUAGGUUCUAAUAAGAAAAAUGUUAAGAUUUUUUUAAACAGUGCUAUAACUGCCAUUUCCCUGGCAUGGAAUAAAUAAUGUGCAUUCCGUGUUUCAACAGACUGCCGUGCUCUGAUGUCAUUUAAAUAAACCAAUGUGUCACAGGGGAGUCACCAGACACUCCUGUGAAUACAUAACUCA